AUGGAGAAUUCAUUGAAGAAACUCCGAAACUGGGAUAAUUGUACUGAGAUCUUGGAGCGAUUUGUAGAUGAAAUUGAACAAGCAGAAGCAUCUCAGGUGGAACUGGCCGGGCAGUUGGGGUUUAUGUAUACUGGUGCUGGUACUGAUUUCGAAAAGGAGAAGAUGAAACUCCUUGUUUGGAGUAAAAAACAAGAGCUGUACACAAAGGCAGUUGAGAUUAUGAGUGUCCGUCAGCCCAUCUCAGAGUCACGCAACCGAGCAAGAAAUGUUGGCACAACAUUAAAAGAGAAGAUAUAUGAAUCAAUCAAUGGCCAAAAGGGAGCCGUUCUAAGAUUAAUCAACCAAUUUAACAAGGUCAACAAAGCUUAUUUAGAGAAGUACGACCAAGAAGCAUUGAACGAUCCCAAAUACCAAGCUCUGUCAUGGGACUUGUUUGCAAGUAAGAAGCUUGAAGAUAUCUUCUGGAACGAGGCACAUUUCUAUCACUCGCAGGCGCCUUGGGCUGUGUCGUUGGAUGUACGCAAAGGGAUCAGGCCGUUUCUCAUGGUGGAUUGA